AAAAUAGCGCCACCUAAGUGCAAAGUCUAUCCAAUGAACGAAGUCCUUUUCGACUUGGUCCAACAUGGCAGAUAGUGCGCCUAAGAAGCUGCCAACGGCACCAGAAUCCCUUCUGAAGAAGAGGAAGAACCGACAAACUGAGAAGGCUAAGAGGGCACAAGCUCGCCUCCUUGCCAAGAAGGAGAAUGCCAAGAAGAGACGCGUGAUCUUCAAGCGUGCAGAAGACUACAUUAGGGAGUACAAGAAGCGUGAGCGUGACGCUGUACGUCUUCAUCGCCAGGCUCGCAAGCAUGGAAACUACUAUGUUGAAGAUGAACCCAGACUGGCAUUUGUCAUCCGGAUCAGAGGUAUCAAUGGCGUUAGCCCCCGUGUCCGCAAGGUCCUCCAGCUGCUCCGCCUGCGACAGAUCCACAAUGGAGUCUUUGUCCGCCUCAACAAGGCUACCCUACAGAUGCUGAGGUUGGUGGAGCCCUACAUUGCCUGGGGGUACCCCAAUCUGAAGUCUGUCCGUGAGUUGAUCUACAAGCGUGGAUUUGCCAAGGUUCAGAACGGUAGCCGCAUCCCCAUCACUGAAAACGCCAUCAUCGAGGGUGCACUUGGCAAACUUGGUAUCAUCUGCGUGGAGGAUCUAAUCCAUGAGAUCUUCACCGUUGGCCCCAACUUCAAGCAAGCCUCCAACUUCCUCUGGCCCUUCAAACUCAGCUCGCCCCGCAACGGCUACCGAAAGAAGGGCAAUCACUGGGUCGAGGGCGGCGACUAUGGCAACCGUGAGAAGUUCAUCAAUGACUUCAUCAGGAGGAUGAACUAACAUGCCA